AUGGCCGUCGGCGGCUGUUCCACUGCUAAAGCACUGCCUAAGCACAGUCUUAGCACAGCUAACCACGUCCAGCCACGUGCCCAGGUGACAGUCAAGGCCCAGGUCCAUGCUCCUCCUGCUGGUGCUGCCAGUCCAGACCCUGACCCUGAGGCUGAUGCUGGUCAAGUUGCUCCUGGAGAAGCUGAGGCUGCUGCUGAUGGUACUACCCCUGCCGCCCCCCCUGCCGCCACCCCUCCUGCCCCCCCUCCUGCCACCCCCACUGCUGCCGCCACCCCUCUUGCCACCUCCUCUGCUGCCACCACCCCUCCUGCCACCCCUGCUGCUGCCCCUGAGGCACCCAUAGACCUUGGAGAAGUCAGCCCCCCAGCCCUUGAGGAGGGAGAAACGCAGUGA